CAAGAAGGGAUCGCGUGGCCGUGAGCCGGUGGUGCCUUUUCGGUUUCUUCUUCUUCCUCUUCUUCUGUGUUUGUUGAAAUAGGUGAGGACUGAGGCGGCGAACAUGCUAGCGGUGUCUGUUACCUCUCUCCCGCCACACCCAUCAGUUACCAGACCCGUAUCUAUUGCUCUUGAUUAUCAUAGCUCCCGGAGCAUCCCUCCCUUCUUCACCAAAAUCCCAACUCAAAGCCCCAGAAAAUUGACAAGAUUCAUCGUAUUUGCAGAAGACGAUAGAGGACUCAACAAGGAGCCUAACGAGAAAGGGAAGAAUGAGAAUGGGUUCAGCGUCGAGGAGGAUUUAAAACGGGAUGCACAGCCAAUAAUCAAUCUCAGAUGGAAGGAUCUGCUCGACCCAGAUCCGCAGAACAUCUUGGCCAUCGGAUUAACAGGCGUGCUCACAUGGGCAAGCGCUCAAGUUCUCUGGCAGCUCUUAUUAAUCUCCCUUUCUAUAUUGGUUGCAGCUCUUAAGUACUCCUUCAUUGCUGCUCUGCUCAUCUUCAUCCUCAUUACCCUUCUUUGAUAGGUCCCUUCUUUCUCUAUCUGUUUGCUACUAUUAUUAUAUUCUUAUUUUCCAGUCGUAAAUGCCCUACAUUUGAGGAAUCUGGUUCCAUGUACUGAAUGUUCGAUAUAAUUUGUUAGCUUUGUAUAAUUUUUUUCUUCAAUUAUCUGUAUAUAAGUUGGAAGCAGUACAUCUUCCAGUUUGUUGCUCUCAUGUAAUUUCAGAACCAUUUGUAGGUUUCGGAUAAAAUAUCAAUAAAAUUGUAUUUUUG